GCUGAGCUGAGCGGCGCCUGCGGUCAGCCAAGGUGGGGGGCGCUGUAGGCUGGUGGCCGGCAGUCGGAGCGGAAGGCAGGGGUGGAGGAGGAGGAGGAGGAGGAGGCGCGGCGUUGCGUUGCGGGCCUUGAGUUUGCUGUCGCCGGCAGCGUGCGCUGCAUCGGCAUCGGCGUUCGUUCACUCGCGGCCAGGGAGAAGCCGGGGGAUUGCCUGCACCGGGCCCGCGUCCCCGUCCCCUUCACGCCGCCAACCCCCGGUGGGGCUCCGGGCCGGGCCUCUAAGAUGGCGGCCGGCGUGGACUCGCUAGCCAGGCCCAACAGGCAGCUGGCCGAGGCCGAGGCGGUAGAGCACUAUCGCGGGCACUCCGAGAGCGACGGCCACUGGCACGUCCGCCGCCAGUUCAUCAGCGGCCACAUGCACGACUACCCGGGCGGCAGGAUGGAGCAGCUACUCGCCCUCUCCAUGGUCUGGACCAACCACGUCUUCCUGGGCUGUAGAUACAGCCCCGAUCUUUUGGAAAAGGUCUUUCAAAUGGCAGAAGGUAUUGACAUCGAUGACACAGCAUCAUCUGAGUUAGUUCCAUCGAGCACAACCAACAAAAGAUCCAAUUCUGAUAAUGGUGAAAAUCCAACAGCAAAGCGGAAACCUCCUUCGAUUCGUCCCAAAUUUCGUUUUGAGCCGGUAGCAUUUGUUAGUAGCAGCAAUAAGAAUGAUGAUGAUUCAAAGAAAAGGUCAAGUCAAUUAGACAAGCCACGAAGGUGGGCAGAUGUAGAUGAAGAUGCCCACCCAUUAAAUCCUCUGACGAAACCUGAGGAGGACUCUGAGAAAGCAGAUUCUCCCCCCAGUGAUGAAAAAUCAAAUAGAUCUAGCAAAAGUUCAAAUGGGCCAUUGCCCCCUGCCUCCUCUGACAAUUCAGCAUUUGAUUAUGACACUUUGUACAAAAGUUUCUUCACAGAUACAAAUGAAAACAAAAGUGGAAACUGCAUUAACGGGAUAACUGUCUUAAGCUCAUACAUGUCAAAAAUACAACAGAACUAUUCAGCAAAAUAUGAGGCUUAUCAUUCCGUUCCCGCGUCAAAUCCUUAUCCAACGAUGAGAGGGCCAGACUUUUCUAAAAUACCAGUUGGCAACAAACAAGGCUAUAAGGGUCUGGGUUUUACUCAGACCAAACGGUCAAAAGGUAGAAAAUCUUCCAAGAAAAAUGCCAGCAAAUCCGUACUUCCCGAACCUCUGCAACCUUUGUCGGGCAAGUCUCCGUCUGGCGGGUUUUCUCCGUCUGCGGUAAAGAGCCGACAGAAUUUUUUUAAUAUGCUCCAGAUAUCUGUGUCAAGGAAACUUAGUUCGAUCGGAGGCUUCAGUAACCAGUUAAACCAUAGUGACGUGCUAAGCAGCUGCAUUCAAACGUGUAAAACUAACCCUCAGUAUUUCUAUGUGUCGCUGAGGGAGAUCCCUCCAGCUGAUGUACCAAAAAACAAGAAAGUCUUGUCAGAUGGCUAUGCUUGUGAACUGAGGUGUCAGGGUGUUUACUUAUCUACUGGUUAUGCUGGCAGCAAAAUUGGAGCUCGAGAUAGGGCGUCUGAACAAGCCUUAAAGUUGUUCCUGAAAGAUGUAGUAGUUGACGUGGUAAAGCGCAAAUGUAAAAGCAGUUGCAUUGAUGAUCUAAUAUUGUGUGAAAAAAACACACCUCGGAAUGAUAUUCCUCCUGCUCUCAAAAAGCCAGAUGAGAAAAUCCCAAGCAAAGAUUCAUCCAAUAAAAGCAACGAAACAAGCAAACAGGGCACUCGGAAUUUAAAGGAACACAAACAGAAGAACUGGAUGGAAUUCGUCAUUCUGGAGACUGCAAAAAAUGCCGUGUGCAUUCUGAACAAUUCAGCUCAAUUCAAUCGAAUGACCGUGGAUUACAGGUUUCAGCUGACCCCCAGUCAAGUUUGGCAGUGCCGCGUUUUUAUAGAAGACCAUUUUAUCGCCGAGGCCUACGGAACCAAAAAGUUGGUGAAGCAUACGGCGGCAGAGAAGGCUUUGGUUAUACUGAAGCAAACUCAGCCGAUUGUAAAGUCAAACAAGCCGGGAAAUACUGGCACUGCCAUCUCUCGCAAUGCAAUUCUUGGACGUUCUGCCGAAGAAGCCCUUAAACAAAAGAUCACAGAAGACAACAUUGGCAAUCAGCUUUUACGAAAAAUGGGUUGGAAAGGAGGUGGUUUGGGGAAAGAGGGGGAGGGUAUUUCAGAGCCAAUCACUGUAAAAGAACAGUUUAAGAGGGAGGGCUUGGGUUUAGAUAUGAACAAGAGUGGUUCUAAAUUAAACAAACGAGAUAUAGAAGAUCUUAUCAAAAAUUAUGCCCGUUCAGAGAAGCAGGAGGAGCUGACCUUUUCCAAAGAGCUGACCAAUGAAGAGCGUAUGCAAAUCCAUCAAAUGGCUGCCAAAUAUGGUCUCAAGAGUAAGUCCUACGGGAAAGGAAAGGAGCGCUAUUUGGUUGUAAGCAGAAAAGUAUGUGUAGAUGAUAUUAUGAAUCAGCUUGCACAGGAAGGACAGGUUGGACGAUUUGAAUUGGUAGUGCCGGGUUCUUCAAAUUGAUGCAGAACUCUGCCCCAUUUUUCAUUUUUAUUUAUGUGCGGUUUUCUUCAGAAGCAAGACUAUUUUGCUCCGUGAUCCGAAUUCAGUUAUUGUAAAUGGUUUCUCAAUUGCAAUAGAAAUUUAUUUACAUCUAUUAUUUACAGUUUUUGAAAUUGUCAUCAGUGAGGUAGAUGUUCAAAAGGCAUCCAAAAUGAACUCUUCAGUAUUUCUGCAUCUCCUUUCUCCAUGUAUAAAAAAUAACUGUCUGUUAUUUACAAAAUAUGGUAAUAAACUGCCGCUGUUGAAAUUACUAGUGAACUAACAACUGUUUCAAUGUGAUUCAUCUUAAUUAAAGUCAGUAGGUGAGAUCCAUUAAAUUUCAAAGUUAGUGUACAUUGAUCUUGAAAUUUAGUGUAUAUUUUUUUAAUGCUAUUUUUUUUUCUAAUGAGGGUCUGGUGAUGUAUAUGUUGCGGUAGUCUUUUUGUUCUCAUGAGCACCUUCAUUGAAUGGGAUAAAUUGUAGUUGAGAUCCAACUUUUUUGUCCAUUUUGGUCCUUAAUUGUUAGACUGUUGGACUAAGAUAACAUUGCAAGCAUCUGGAACUGAAAAUUGUAUUUUGCUGAUUUGAUAGUUCUGCAGUGCAAUAUUUAAACUGUCACUAAUUUGAAUGUAUUUUUUAUAGCCGUUAUUUUACAAUCUUUUCCCAUUUGGUAGUGUAAUUUUCUUUCUCCGCUCCCUGACUCCUGCUGCUCAAUGGAAUUGGAUUAUGUGUUUUAUUUCCUUGUUGAAAUGGCUCAUAAUUGGAGCCCAGUUGGUAAGUGUGAGUAUUCUCAUUAAAUGCAGUGGAUAUUGCAGCUUACUCGAUACUGCUCAUGCGUGGUGUACACAUCAGCCCAAUAUUUGGAAUUUUUACUCCCUCUCUUGGUCCAAGUUCCCUCCUUAACCCAGGAUGUUGAGUUCAAUUUUAGUGCCUUACUGCAACCCUGAAUGACUCGGCACAGAUCUGAAUUAGAGUCACUGAUGUUUGUGGCUUCUCCUGUGUAAAAGCAGAAUUCUGAGGUGGAAUUAUAAUUUAUUUUAAGGACUGCGCAAGUGUGCAUUGGGAUUAGCAGGUUUUGCAGGAUUAGAUUCUGACCUGCUAAUCAUAAUGAGCUUCAUUUUGUUCUUCAUGAGGACACUUCACUGACAUUACCACUACAUUAGUAACACUGGUGUGGCUAAAUAACUUGGAUAUUUCCACAGCUGCCAGCUCAAACAGAGAGCACUGCAUUGUAUGAUGUCUAGAAUGCCAGGCUGCUGGUUUUGUGACUUUGGCUACUAAAUAACAAUUUAGGUGUAAAAUCAGUGAAGUGAUUCUGAUUGUAGUUGUAUGCUUUUUGGUGUACUAAAACAGGUAUGCAGAAUGUCCUGAUUUUAUGUUUCCCUUUGAACAGAAUAAAAUAUUUUUUAAUGAAGUCUUGCUCAGAAAUAGUGGACUAACAAUGCGUUGCUCCUUGUGUAUCUGGUGGGUAACUGUUUGCCAAUGUUAAUUAAAUCUCUGAAUUCAUUCAGCUUGGAGAACGAAGAAAGCAAUGGAAGGGUUGUGUUGUUUCUUGUCACCGAGGCAAUGCACGCACUUACUAAGAGCUUUGAGAAAUUUGAGGCUUGAUUGGGUGAAAAUAGAAAAAUAGAUUAAAAGGUUUAUUUCCUUUGCUGUAGAUCUAGGAAAUGUAAAAAAAAAAAUAAUAGCAUCAAAUUAAAUUUGUGGAUUUCUAUUUGCAAUGCUUAUGCUGAGUGUGUACUAUUUUCUCUUCCCUGUUCUCUCCCUUCUUUACAGAUGGUGCUUAAGGUGUUUAUUCUUGGGGUUUGGAUCCAUAGGUACCAACAGCCCUUUGGCAACUUUCCAGCUAUUCAGUGUGUGCUAUUAAGAAAAUACAGGCCCACCACCGAUUUUCAGAGCCUCGCCAGAUCCGUUUUGCUGGACAAACAGAGGAGUCAAACAAUUGGAACGGUUCGCCUAGGCUGCCAGGGGGUCGAGAUACUGGCAGGCCCGCAAAGUCAGCCUCGGAAGUCGGCGAUGGGAAAGGAUCUGCCAGCUCUGAUCAGGCCAGAGCUCCAUAGCCCCGACCGCAGGGGGGCAAAUUCAACCCGCCGAUCGCCGCCUCCGGGGGGAUUUCAAGCGCACUCUCGUAAUUUUGUCCGGAUUAAAGGAGGUGACGGACCACCAGUGGCGGAAAAUUUGUGGUGGACCUGUAUUCUGAUAUACCUUGAAUUUAAAGUGCAUUGCCUCAGUUCUGCACAUUGUAUUCUGGCUGCUUAGAUGAUGCUGUUUUCUCAGUUUCACCUGUCAUCCACACAAUUUCCCUUGCCAUCUGCAUAACUCCCUUCAUCAGAUCUAUCUUUUCGUGCUUGAAAUGCUGAUUGCAUGAAAAACAAUCGUCUGGUAAAUUGAUUUUUCAGGUGGAAAAAAAUCUUUGCACUGCAGAGCCAAAUCAAUCAGAAAAGAACAAAUUUAUGACAUAUUUCUUGUCCUAAAGCCUACAGAGCCAGCAGUUUAGAUUUGACGGUUCAUUUUUGUAAUAUUAUCGUCAAAAAUAUAAAUUGGCUUGAUGGAACAAUUUUAUGAAUGAAAUGAACUUGGUGGGGGAACUACUUAUCUCCCUCUUGUGGAAAGAAUACAUUGCAACAUCACAAAUUAAUUUAAAUAGAAGGUGUAAUUAUAAGGGAUUUUACUUUCGCCCAGAGAUGGGCCAAAAAAGCUUCACAAUGAGUGAAUUAUUUGUGAAAUCUAAUGUAUGUAUUUGUAUACAUACACAUUGCACUUAUAGUUUCACUUUCAGCAAAUUAACAAAAGAGACGGCAUCUGAUUUUAGCUUGAGGGGCAAAUUUUGGCUGGAGCACUAGAAGAGCUCCCUAAUUAAAUACAAAUGAAUAUUUUGCUUCAAACUAAGCACUUGAUGUCUAACUGAAUUUAAUCAGUAACUAAAUGUUGUGAUAUUUAGAUGGUAGUUUAAAAAUAUAUCAAUGGAAAUUAAAAUCAAUUAUUCUUUGUAAUUGAUAGUUGCUAAUGAGUAGAUAUGAGCCAAUUUUCCUGUAGUACUUAAUUUUAGGUGUAGCUAGACAAUUUGAAUUACCUGAUAAAUUGAUUGAUUUUUUUUUUUACAAUGCAAUUUUUUAUUUAAGAUGAAUUUGGCAAUAAAUCAUUCUUUCUAAUUCAGUUGUGAGUUGCACAUUUAUUAUAAACUAAGGAUUAGGUCUUAGAAUUUCUUGUAAGAAGUUGACUUGGAUAUCUAAAUUAUUGGGGGUUGCAGAAGAACUUGCUACAUACACUAACUCAGGAUUUAUGUCACCUUUGACUGAAGUCCUAAGAUCCAUCAAUAUCAGUGCCCAACCUUGAAUGUAUGUUUCUAAACGGAGAAAAAUUGUAGUUGUUCCAUGAUGUCCAAAAUUAUAUCCUCUGGAUGGAGAUGAUUGUAUUUUGGAAUAUAUAAUUAUGUUGAAUGUAAAUUCCCAUGUUAUUUAUGCAUAAACAUUGUUAAAAUUGACAUUUGCACCCAAUGAAAUGUAAAUAGAUUGCAUCUUUCCAGUUGACAUCACCAUUAUUGUCCUGAAUUAAAUACUGCGGCCAAUUUA